AGGAAUAGUUUAGACACAAGGAAGUGAUGUCUCUCUGUGCUGCAAUCGUUCCAGGAAAUAGGUUAUAGUUUCCAGCAAGGUUUUUUUUCCAGCUUUUGUCUUGUGUACUGAGUUGUAGCUAGUACUGAAAAUAUUAAACGUUCAGAUUGCAGGUUUCCAUUUAAAUUGUAUCAUUGAACUCUACUUUUUUAUUUCUUUGGGUUUUUUUCCUUUUAAGAAUUUGGAUUGUCAGGAAUUCAUGAUGUUGAGCCUUUUUUAUCCUCUUUUCUUUGUCUCUGUUCUGUGUAUGAACAGCUUCUCAGGAGUGCAGGGAAAGAAAUGGAAAGGUGAAGGUACUACUCAAAACCUGGAAAGUAUUAUCAUUGGAAGAUGCUAUGAUUAUAUUAGAACUGUGAAUCCUGCUGUUGGUGAGAAGAAUUGUUCACAGAUAUGGGAAGCAUUUAAAAAUGCAUUUAUUAACAAGGAUCCUUGCAACAUUCUGCCUAAGGAUUAUGAAUUAUUUAUCAACCUCACAUUUCACACGAUUCCACCUAACAAGUCUCUUUUCUGGGAAAAUAAUCAGCUACUAGUCAGUAGCUUUGCUGGCAGAGGACUUCGCUACAUGUCUCUCUCUGAUACUCUCUUUGGCUUUGUUGGAAAUUUGCUGAACUGGUGUGGGCAGGCAGACAGCCCUGGCCUGGACUAUGAAUCCUGCCCUACCACGAUGGAAUGUGAAAACAACGCAGUGGAUUCUUUCUGGAGGAUGACCUCAAUCAUUUAUGCACAGCACAGCUCUGGGGUGAUACAGGUCUUGCUGAAUGGUUCUGCAGAGGGAGGAGCAUAUCCACAGACAGGUUUUUUUGCAGAUUAUGAGAUACCUAAUCUCCAGAAAGACAAAAUCUCUCAAGUUCUCAUUUGGGUUGUGGAUGAUAUUGAAGGACCAGAUUUAGAUUCCUGUGGAACUAAUAGUGUAAAGAUAUUAGAAAACAGGCUGAAAACUCUUGGUUACGAUGUCACUUGUACUGACAAUUACAAGUCUGUAAUGUUCUUACUCUGCCUGGAUAAUCCUGAUCAUUCUAAGUGUGCCCUUGCAUCGUUUUAAAUCACAUUCCUCAAAGUUUUGUGUUGUGGGUGUGUUACUCAGCUGAGGGCACCUGGAUGAGAAGGAUUUUGGAAACCAUUAAUGUGUUUUUCCUUUCAGCUAAGGGUGAGCAUGCAGUUCUGCAGUAUUGCCACAUGGCGUUUGCAGUGUGUAAGCAGGGGAGCAGCCGCCCCUUCCUUUCCAUCCACGUUGGUACUCGAAGUAACAUAACCCUGGUGUACUCAAAACACCAGUCUCACACUUUCCUGGGGUAACUCCUGAGCAACUCAGCUGUUCUCAUCCUCCUUAGGAAAAGCUUCCUUGCUUGUUUCCUUCAUGAGCACUGUUUUCCAUCCUCUAUGCAUGGCACUGUAAUAAGUUUGAUUAAUUUCUUAUAUAUCCCAAAUCACAAUAGAGCUUCCCAAUCUGCAUGCAAAACUAUCAUUUCCUCUCCCUGAAAUUUAAGUAAUUUAAAUACUACAAGCCAACGAAUACUUAGAUUCUUCCCAGAAUCACUCAAUUCUCUGUAGUAAAUAGCACCACCUCCAUUGAAACUAGUUGCCUUUUCAGAAAGAGCCUUAAGCAGAUGCAUAUAAAUUAUUUGGUGAUAACCUUCUCAGGUAUGUUUUCUGUGUUCUUUGAUGGUCCAUUAACUGACUGGGGGCUGGUUAGUAGGGGUAUCACUAAUUGGAGUGGGUAUCUGUUUGGAAAAGUUUCCUUUGCAGAGUAGGUGGUCUCAGUGUUCAUAGUGAACAGUGGAACAGGCAUGCAGGGGCUCAUGCAUCCCUUUCACCAGGGCUGUUUGCUAUUACAAGGCUGAUAGGUGCCCUCUCAGCCUCCAGAGAAUAAUGUCCUGAGCCCACAAGUGUCAGAGUUGGACAAGUGACCUUUUAUUCACCACAACUGCUGUUACAUGGGCAUAGCGAAGGAGAGAGCUGAGUCAGGGUAGCAGAAGGAUGGCCUAGAAGGUGCUGUAAUUACCUGGGGCUUCUUGCAUGGUGGUGGUGCCCCUUAACUCCUCUCCAGACUUGAACGAUCAUCCUGCUGAGUCAAAUUUGGACUUUGCCUUAAGGUUAAGGUGACACCCUGACGUUAGAAAAAACUUGUGAGUAAAAAAUACCCACUAGAUGGCAGAGAUGGCUUACAAAUGUCAGGAAGGACGCCAGAUGGAAGCUGUUAGCAGUGGCAUGGAUUACUUGCAUUAUUGCAAUGUCAGGGAGAUAUAGAGGUGGAUCUGGAUACUAUUGCACCAAGUGCUGUAAAAAUACAGUCCUCCAGGACCACUGCUGUCUAGAAGAGCACUAUGAAAUCACAAGCAUAAGGCCAGAGAAGCAAAUGGUUGUGGAGAGACAAGGCUCUUGUGUAAAGGCAGAAAGAAGAGUUUCCAGGGUUUUGCAAAGAUAUUCUGUUUAUAGAAUCAUGACACCCAAAGGGAAUCUGUUGGCAAGCUCAUAUAAAGAAACUUCUAGCUUAGCACUUGGGCCAUGAACUUCGCCCUUGGCAACAAACCCCUGAUAUUUAAAAGAAUCCUAACUCAGCUCUGUGCUGUGAACAUCCUGUUUGUUUUUUCUUCUUCAGAUCUGCAGCAGCAGCACAAAGAGGACCUAUAUCUUCAGACAGAGGAGGCAGCUGGAACAAGCUCAUGUUUGUUUCUUUUGCAGCCUUUUUGUUCAGAUUUGCUUUAGUGUACUGAGCUAAUCAACUGAAUCCAUAUCCUCUGACUUAGCUGGGUAUAAAUUUGGCUUCACCUGAUUUCUAACUGCAAUUUCAUCCUACUUUUGGGACUGGAAAAUCUGCCAUAUUAAAACCUUGUAUACUAAAUAUUGGCUUGUUUUAGUAUCAAAAAUUACCCCACUGCUGCUAGAAAGCCUAACCCUUCAUUUUCUUUUUCUAGAAGAAGUUCAUUACUAUUUCCUAUUAUCUUUAUUCUCCAGAAUUAAACCGAGAAUAAUACUUUCUGUUCACAUAUUUCAGAAAAAAAAUGAUACUAUGCAUACAUCACCCACAGAGAUUACUUGUUUGUAAAACCAUCCUAGCAUCUGACCUUGGAAACUAAGUGACUGAUUAUCAUGUUUUGGGAAGGCAAAACAUAAAUUCAAGUGGGAGAGAUCUUAGAUUGCUCACUUGAUACAAGAUGCAAUAGGUAAGAUAGUGGAAAAGUAAAUUCAUUUUCAUAAGUGGUCCAGUGCUUGGGCCAAACUUAAAAACUAGGGUACAGCAAGAUCCUGGGUGCAUACUUGCAUACAGUAUUUUACCACAUAAUGGCAAUUGCUUCAUCAUCUGCACAGCUGUUCCUCAGCUGGCUGUUUCCUGGCCACUGGAUAGCAAAUAGUCAGAAAUACCAGGUCUAGAAAGUUCCACAGUUUCUCCACCACAAUGUGAUUUAUGGUAUAUCAAAUUCAGAUAAAGAACCUGCCAAGUCAGACAUUGGCCUGCUGGCAGUGAACUCAGAUACAGGGCUCAGAACACACUGAGGAGAGAGCAGAUGCCAUCCUGAAGGUUUCUUAGGUUACUUGUGUGAAUUCCAGUGCUUCAGCUAGAGGCUCCUCUGAACCACCAGGACAUCCAGCUACCAAGAUGACACAUAAAUCUUCAGGAAAAAUAGUCAUUCUACAGAGAAUAAUUGUAUGUAGAUAGGUUUUGCACAUUUUGUGUUAGCUUCUGUAUAAUUUAUUUGUGUUUGUAUUGACUGGUUGCCAGGAAACUUGGAGAGGAUAUUCCUGUUAUCUCAAUGAAUCUGAUUUAAGGGUCCAUAGUAGAUUUACAUCUUUUCAAUCCCUCAUGCAACUGUAUCAUGUAUGUUUGAAAGAUAAAAUAUUUAAAAUA